GAUAAGAAGAACAGUAGGCUCGUCUCCUCCGGCGAUAUUCCGCUAUAAUUAAUUGAAUCAAUGGCAUCAUCUUCUGCUUCUGGUACUUCACAGUUUCCUCGAUGGAACUACGAUGUCUUUCUAAGUUUUAGAGGUGAAGAUACUCGGAAAACAUUUACGAGUCACCUGUACGAAAUCUUGGAUAUCAGGGGAAUAAAAACCUUUCAAGAUGAUAAAAGGCUAGAGCAUGGCGCAUCCAUUUCGGAUGAACUCUGUAAAGCUAUCGAAGAGUCUCAAUGUGCAGUCAUCAUUUUCUCAAAGAAUUAUGCAACAUCGAGGUGGUGCUUGAAUGAACUAGUGAAGAUCAUGGAUUGCAAGACUCAAUUUGGACAAACUGUCAUACCGGUCUUCUAUGAUGUGGAUCCAUCACAUGUUCGGAACCAGAGGGAGAGCUUUGCCGAAGCAUUUUCCAAACAUGAAACAAAGUAUAAGGAUGAUAUCGAAGGAAUGCAAAGAUGGAGGAUUGCUUUAACUGCAGCGGCCAAUCUCAAAGGCUGUGAUAUUCGUGACAAGACUGAAUCAGACUGUAUUCGGCAGAUUAUUGACCAAAUCUCGUCCAAAUUAUGCAAGAUUUCUUUAUCUUAUUUGCAAAACCUUGUUGGAAUAGAUACUUAUUUAAAGGAAAUAGAAUCCUUACUAGGGAUAGGAAUCAAUGAUGUUCGGAUUAUGGGGAUCUGGGGCAUGGGAGGAGUCGGUAAGACGACAAUAGCAAGAGCUAUGUUUGAUACUCUCUUAGUGAGAAGGGAUAGUUCCUAUCAAUUUGAUGGUGCUUGUUUCCUUGAGAAUAUUAAAGAAUACAAAGGUAGAAUACAUUCUUUGCAAAAUACCCUUCUCGCUAAACUGUUAAGGGAAAAAGCUGAGUACAAUAAUAAGGAGGACGGAAAGCACCAAAUGGCCAGUAGACUUCGUUCUAAGAAGGUCCUAAUUGUGCUUGAUGACAUAGAUGAUAAAGAUCAUUAUUUGGAGUAUUUAGCAGAUCUUGAUUGGUUUGAUAAUGGAAGUAGAAUUAUUGUAACAACUAGAGACAAGCAUUUGAUAGAGAAGAAUAAUGUAAUAUAUGAAGUGAAUGCACUACCUGAUCAUGAAUCUAUUCAAUUGUUCAAUCAGUAUGCUUUCAAUAAAGAGGUUCCAAAUGAGUAUUUUAAGAAGCUUUCAUUGGAGGUUGUAAAUCAUGCUAAAGGCCUUCCUUUAGCCCUAAGAGUGUUGGGUUCUUCCUUACGUAAUAGGGGUAUAACUGUGUGGAGAAGUGCUAUAGAGCAAAUGAAAAAUAAUCCUAAUUCAAAAAUUGUUGCAAAUCUCAAAAUUAGUUAUGAUGGAUUAGAGCCCAUACAACAAAAGAUGUUCCUAGAUAUAUCAUGCUUCUUCCGAGGGUACGGAAAAGGUGCCAUCAUGCAAGUUCUUAAGAGUUGUGAUUGUGGAGCUGAAUACGGAUUGGAUGUCCUAAUUGAAAGAUCUCUUGUGUUCAUCACUGAAUACGGUAAAAUUCAAAUGCAUGACUUAAUACAAGAAAUGGGUAGAUAUAUAGUGAACUUGCAAAAGGAUUUGGGAGAAUGCAGCAGACUAUGGCUCGCCAAGGAUUUUGAAGAAGUGAUGAUCAACAAUACGGGGACCAUGGCAGUGGAAGCAAUUUGGCUUCAUUCUAAUGCACUACGCUUUAACAAUGAGGCCAUGAAAAAUAUGAAAAGGCUUAGGAUAUUACACAUCGAGAGUUGGCCCUAUGAUGGUUCCAAUAUUAGCCAUGAUGGCUCCAUUGAGUAUCUGCCCAACAACUUGCGUUGGUUUUUCUGGGAUUACUAUCCUUGUGAAUCAUUGCCAUCUACAUUUGAACCCAAAAUGCUUGUUCACCUUAAACUCUCUGGCAAUUCACUGCGUUAUUUCUGGAUGGAAACAAAGCAUUUGCCGUCUCUACGGAGGAUAGAUCUCAGCGGCUCUGAAAGCCUGAUGCGAACACCCGAUUUCACGGGGAUGUCAAAUUUGGAGUAUUUGAGCUUGGCAUGUUGUAGUAAUCUUGAAGAGGUUCACCAUUCCCUGCGAUGUUGCAGCAAACUCAUUCGGUUAGAUUUGAGUCGUUGUGGUCGCCUUAAGAUGUUUCCAUGUGUUAAUGUGGAAUCUCUUGAAUAUCUGAGUUUAGAAAAGUGCUCUCGGUUAGAGAAAUUUUCAGAAAUCCAAGGGAGAAUGAAGCCAGAGGCACAGAUUCACAUGCAAGGCUCUGGGUUAAGGGAACUACCAUCCUCAUAUUUUCAGUACCAAACUCAUAUUACCGAGCUAGAUUUGAGUUAUAUGAAAAACCUUGUAGCUCUUCCAAGCAGCAUCUGUAACUUGCCAAAUUUGGAGUAUUUGCAUUUAAAUAAUUGUAGUAAUCUUGAAGAGGUUCACCAUUCCCUGAGAUGUUGCAGCAAACUCAUUCAGUUAAAUUUGUAUUAUUGUAAAAGCCUUAAGAGGUUUCCAUGUGUUAAUGUGGAAUCUCUUGAAUAUCUGGAAUUAGAACAUUGCUCAAGUUUAGAGAAAUUUCCAGAAAUCCACGGGAGAAUGAAGCCGGAGAUACAAAUUCACAUGAAAUACUCUGGGUUAAGGGAACUACCAUCCUCUUAUUUUCAGUACAAAACUCAUAUUACCAAGCUAGAUUUGAGCGAUAUGGAAAACCUUGUAGCUCUUCCAAGCAGCAUCUGUAGGUUGAAAAGUUUGGUUAGUCUGAGUGUGUCAUGUUGCUUAAAACUGGAAAGCUUGCCAGAAGAAAUAGGGGAUUUAGACAACUUGGAGGAGCUUGAUGCCAGCUAUACUCUAAUUUCACGACCUCCGUCUUCCAUCGUACGCUUGAACAAACUUAAAAUCUUGAGCUUUAGCUGCUUCAGAGACGAUGGAGUGCACUUUGAGUUUCCUCCUGUGGCGGAAGGAUUACGCUCAUUGGAAACUUUGAGUCUCAUUUACUGCAAUCUAAUAGAUGGAGGACUUCCGGAAGAUAUUGGAUCCUUAUCCUCUUUGAAAGAGUUGGAUCUCAGUGGAAAUAAUUUUGAGCAUUUGCCUCGAAGCAUAGCCCAACUAGGUGCUCUUCGAAUCUUGGACUUAAGAAAUGGCAAGAGGCUUACACAGCUGCCAGAACUUCCACCAGAAUUAAAUGAAUUGCGUGUAGAUUGUCAUAUGGCUCUGAAAUUUAUCCAUGAUUUAGUAACAAAGAGAAAGAAACUACAGAGGGUGAUAUUCACACCACUGUAUGGUAAGGAUGAUGCACACAAUGAUUCUAUAUAUAAUUUGUUUACCCAUGCCCUGUUUCAGAAUAUCUCUUCCUUGAGGCAUGACAUAUCUGCUUCAGAUUCCUUGUCCGAAAAUGUGUUUACCAUUGUGCAUCCUUGGAAGAAGAUCCCAAGUUGGUUCCACCAUAAGGGAAGGGAUAGAAGUGUAUCAGUCAAUUUGCCUGGAAAUUGGUAUAUACCUGAUAAAUUCUUGGGAUUUGCUGUAUGUUACAAAGGCAUCUUAACUGACACCACAGCUCAAUUGAUUCCCGUAUGUGAUGAUGGGAUGUCGUGGAUGACCCAGAAACUUGCCUUAUCCAACCAUUCAGAAUCUGAUUCGGUAUAUUAUAUACAUUUUUUCUUUGUACCUUUUGCUGUCUUAUGGGAUACAUCUAAGGCAAAUGGAAAAACACCAAAUGACUAUGGGCAUGUCAGGCUAUCUUUUUCCGGAGAAAUGAAGAAGUUUGGAUUUCGUUUGUUGUAUAAAGAUGAACCAACAGAACAUCGCGUUGGGAUAAGGAGCAGAUAUGACAAUGGUGAACAACAUGACACCGUGACUGAUGAAGCCAGCUGCUGUCGCAUACUCUAAUAACAUUAGAAACAAAGGUCACAUUCUAAUAAAAGUAAGUUGGAAGUUUGGAAGUCCUUUGCUCUAAAGCCGGUGGCAUUGCCUAUGAAGAGCAUAUGUUUCCUUUGUUUGUAGCAGAACAACUAGACCUCUUGGCCUGAGAAAGAGAUUCGUGAGAGAACUAACUUCGGUAGACUUUCAAAAACCAAUUCAGUUGAUUGUUCGCUUAGCAAGAAAGCUGUGCCAAAAUGGAUGAAUGAAAGAAGCCUUGGAACUAUUAGUAAGUCGCCUCACAUCACAAAGCAAGCGGACCAAAAGGGAACUAUUUCCAGGAAUCAAACAUACCUCCAGCAGUCGAGCAACUAUUUUUCCUUUGGGAUGUAGAGCUCAACUAAUCUUGUGUUGAGAUACGUUGGAGUCGUGGGUGGUGUCAAUGGAAAAGCAACUGUCGAACUCCCAUUUGCACAACUCUUAGGAUCGGAUAACAUAAUUGCAUUUACAACUGAAAGACAUGCGAAGAACCUCUAGUAGUGUGUGGUCCGGUUGCUGGGGCUGAAGUGACUGCUUGUUGAGUAUAUAUUAACUGCAUUUCAGACCUUCGUUACGGUCAACAGCCUCUACUGAUAAUAUAUACCACACUGUAGUCUCUAUGCUUUACAUGGUGUUACAUGGCUCACUCUGUGGCUUGUCUCUUCUCUUCUUCUGUAGGAUUUUGUUGUAGCUUGCUUAUUUGUAAAUUGCAACUCUGAUAUUGAUUAAGUUGUAUUUUGGUCGAAAUCAGUUAGUGAAGCAGAUUGGUGAUGUAUGCUGAUGCAUCAUCAACAACUGUAUAGUGUUCAUAUAAGUCUGUAACUCUCUUGAGAUUGAGGUGUAAUUAUUGUUAUUUGU